GUUCUGUGAGAUUCUGAGCCUCGCGACAUCUUUGAACACGACGACGACCAGUAUCUUCUUUGUGAUAAAACUUUGAUUUUAGCGACUCUGCGUCGGAUUUAAGCCUUAAAUCCACCGCACAGUGACAUUAUGCACCAGUCGAAGCGAGCGCGCUCUCCCUGCAUCUGGCUCGACGAGUACAGCUGGGAGGAGAGGAUGGAUCGUAAACGAAGAAAACACGAUUCUCACAGCAGUGAACGAGAAAACAAGUCCAGAAGAACUUACCGCCUUCACAGACAUUUUGAAGGGCACUACCUCGAGACCCGCACUUUUAACCAGAGGUCGGACUCUCGGGGCAGAGCGGCCCGGGACCGCAGCUGGGACACGGGCUGCGAGGAGGACAGCCGAAACGGGACGUGCAAAGAGAGGGACCGCGACUGGCACCACUACAGCAAGUCCUCCGGGCGCAGCGGGCGCAGCCGAAAGAGCAGUCGCCGCCACAGGGACCGGCGCCGCAAACGCAGCCACUCCCGCCACCGCUCGGCUUCGAGGAGGAGCCAUCACCGCAGGAGCAGGAAAAGAUCCAGGAGUUUUGAGGAUGAUGACGAGGGUCACCUCAUCUAUCACAGUGGAGACAUGCUGAACUCAAGAUAUGAGAUAGUGUGUACUCUGGGAGAGGGUGCCUUUGGGAAGGUCGCUGAAUGCAUUGAUCACGGAAAUAACGGAGCACGAGUGGCUCUGAAGAUCAUUAAAAGCAUAGACCGUUAUCGUGAGGCGGCUAUGUCUGAGGUGGAGGUGCUGGCCCAGUUAAAAGCCCUGGACUCUCAGAACAGAUAUUCUUGUGUGCACAUGCUCCACUGGUUCGACUUCCACGGCCAUGUCUGCAUCGCGUUUGAGCUAUUGGGCCUCAGCACGUACGACUUCCUCAAAGAGAACAACUUCCAGCCUUUUCCCAUUGAUCACAUCAGACACAUGGCGUAUCAGAUCAUCCGAGCCGUCCACUUUCUUCACAAAAACAAGUUGACCCACACAGACCUGAAGCCUGAGAACAUCCUGUUCAUAAACUCAGACUAUGACCUGGAGUAUAACUCUGACAUGAAACGAGAUGAACGAACCCUGAGAAACCCCGACGUGAAGAUAGUGGAUUUUGGUAACGCCACGUAUGACCACGAACAUCACACGUCAGUGGUGUCGACACGGCACUACCGAGCGCCAGAGGUCAUUUUAGAUCUGGGCUGGGAUCACUCCUGUGACGUUUGGAGCAUUGGCUGCAUACUUAUAGAAUAUUACCUCGGAGCUACUCUGUUUCAGACUCAUGACAGUAAAGAACACCUGGCGAUGAUGGAGAGGGUCCUGGGGCCCAUCCCCACAAACCUCCUGCAGAAAACCAGGAAGCGCAGAUAUGUUCAUCGGUCUAAGUUGGACUGGGACGUGCACAGCUCUGCGGGACGAUACGUCCGAAAACACUGCAAACCCCUAAAGCAUUACAUGACGUCCCGCGGCGAGGAUCAUCAGCUCCUCUUUGACCUUAUGGAGAAGAUGUUAGAGUAUGACCCGGCCAAACGCCUCAGUCUGGAGCAGGCCCUCAGACACGCCUUCUUCUCCGGUUUCCACAAGAGCAGCAGCGUCAGCAGCCGCUGCAGCACGGCCAGCCGCACCAGUAACCAUAGCAACAGCAGCAGCGGCAGCAAAUCAGACUGAGCGUCAGGAAUGAGACGCUGAAACGUCACGUGAGACUCUCCAGGAAGGAGACGCUGAAACGUCACGUGAGACUCUCCAGGAGAGCUGUGUUCGACUGCAUCAGUCUCUGCUCCUCUGUAUUUAUCUGCCUCAGUGUUUGUCAUUUUUACAAUCCUUAAAAUCUGUUUCUGCUCUUUGAUUUGAUUUAGGGGUAAAAUGUUAUAAUCCUUGGCAUUAUUUAUUUGUACAGCAGAAUGCAGUUGUACGUGUGUGUAUAUACAUGUACAUGUGUAUAUACAUAUAUAUCACCUGCAUCAUGUGAGGAGAAGGGCAGAUUUAUCUUGUACAUAAACACUGUCAUUUUUUACAGAUUGUUGUGCAACAUUUUCCUAAAUAAAAAAAAUCUUAAAUGAC